AUGAAGAGAAUGAAGAGAAUGAUAUGUGCUGAAUUAGGGAUUAAGUCCUUCGACAUUGACCUUCCUGAACAAGUUUCCGAAUCCGAUUUGAUUAAGCAACUUCCAUUGCCAAAGCAUAUCAAUGAAGAGAAAGUUCUCAGUGAAAUCAGCCUUGAUGAAGUUCGUGGACAACAUGCACUUCUCUAUCUUGUGCAUACUUUUGUGCACACAAUUGCAACCAAUGCGGGAGUUGAGGGUACUGUUGUUAUAAGGUCAAGCAGCAUCACUACUUCUCCUGUUAACUUCUUUUUCUCAUUAUCAGGUGAAUAUGUUAAUAUGGUUAAAGCUGGAAUUAUUGAUUCACUGAAGGUUAUUAAAACCGCCUUGGUUGACAGCUUGACGCAGCCAGGUGAGAGAUGCUAA